UCAAAAGUAGUCAAAAGUGGAAAAUCAAUUGCAUUGAAAAUCGAGGAGACGAGACGAAUCGUACGAAUUUCUAUUUAGAAAAUUACGAAAAUGUCGUUGUGGACUACUUUGAACCGUGUGAUCUUCAAGAGGACAUCAACAUUCGUCCUCGCUGGUGUCGCUGGAGCUUUCUUCUUUGAAAGAACCUUUGAAGUGGGAUCUGUAGCCAUUUUCGAGACCCUCAACAAAGGAAAACUAUGGAAGGACAUCAAGCACAAGUAUGAACAGUAAAACAAAAACCAUUCAUUAUUUAAAUUAGUAUAAUUAUUAAAAUGAUUAAAUUAUCUUCAGUUUA